CUAUGCUGCUGCAUUUUUGCGCAGAACUACGAACGUAACGCUAGCGUUAGAAAAAGCAACUAAAGAACAAAGCUUAGUGGACGUCUUAGUGGCUAGUAGUGUAUUUCAAGCAGCAACACAAACAUGGUUGUCUCCGUGAAGGUCUUCAAGAAGGCCACACCCAAUGGCAAAGUUACCUUUUAUUUGGGUCGCCGCGACUUUAUCGAUCACUUGGAUUACUGUGAUCCCGUCGAUGGUGUAAUCGUCGUAGAGCCGGACUAUCUUAAGAACCGCAAAGUCUUUGGUCAGCUGGCCACAACCUAUCGUUAUGGCCGUGAAGAGGAUGAGGUCAUGGGUGUCAAGUUCUCCAAGGAGCUUAUUCUUUCACGCGAGCAAAUUGUGCCCAUGACCAAUACUAACAUGGAAAUGACGCCCGUGCAGGAGAAACUUGUGCGCAAGCUGGGCAGUAAUGCGCAUCCCUUUACCUUUCAUUUCCCACCCAACUCACCCAGCUCGGUAACGCUGCAGCAGGAAGGCGACGAUAUGGGUAAGCCCUUGGGUGUGGAGUAUACCAUACGCGCCUAUGUGGCUGACUCUGAGGACGAUCGUCAGCACAAGCGCAGCCAGGUUAGUCUGGUAAUCAAGAAGCUACAGUAUGCGCCACUAAAUCGUGGACAACGCUUGCCCAGCUCGUUGGUAAGCAAGGGAUUCACUUUCUCCAAUGGCAAGAUUAGCCUGGAGGUAACACUCGAUCGUGAGAUUUACUAUCAUGGCGAAAAGGUUGCUGCAACGGUACAGGUCUCCAAUAAUUCUAAGAAGUCCGUGAAGAGCAUCAAGUGCUUUAUAGUGCAGCAUACUGAGAUCACCAUGGUGAAUGCCCAAUUUAGCAAGCAUGUGGCACAGCUAGAGACUAAGGAGGGUUGCCCCAUAACCCCAGGCGCUAAUUUGACAAAAACUUUCUAUCUAAUUCCGUUGGCUGCUAACAAUAAGGAUAGGCAUGGUAUUGCUUUGGACGGCCACUUGAAGGAUGAGGAUUGUAACCUGGCUUCCUCAACUAUGGUGCAGGAGGGUAAGUCCACAGGUGAUGCCUGUGGUAUUGUCAUUUCCUACUCAGUGCGCAUCAAGUUGAACUGCGGCACGCUGGGCGGUGAAAUGCAAACAGAUGUGCCUUUCAAGCUAUUGCAACCAGCACCUGGCACCAUUGAGAAGAAACGUUCGAAUGCCAUGAAGAAAAUGAAGUCCAUUGAACAGCACCGCAAUGUCAAGGGCUAUUACCAGGACGAUGAUGAUAAUAUUGUCUUUGAGGACUUUGCAAAGAUGCGCAUGAACAAUGUUAACAUGGCUGAUUGAAGUCCUUGUUUUAAACAAUUUAAUCGAAAGCACUGAAUACUUGUUGUCUUGCAGUCUUCUCGCUCAUACUCUCUCGAUGUGGCCACAAUCUUUGUAUUAUAGAUCAAAAAAACUUUGCUGGUUUUGGAGCUUGCGUGCUUAUUAAUGUAUUAUAAAAAAAAAUGUGUUAUGACUAAAAAGAAACAAAAAUUA